UGAAGAAGGAGAGUUUUUCUCUAUGGCAUAGGUGGUCGCUCUUUUACGCAUCGGGCAAACCAACCCGCAUUUAAUCCACGCUCUGCCAUAAACUGUACAUAGGAGCAAUAAUUCCGUAAGUUGUCUAGAUCUCAACCUUUAAGUCUUUAUCUCCUACCACCAUGUCCCCGGUCAAAGUUCAAAAAAUCGUCUGCAUAGGCGCUGGAUACGUCGGUGGACCCACAUGUGCUGUCAUUGCUCAGAAAUGUCCUGAAAUCAUUGUAACCAUCGUCGACCUUAACGAAGCAAGGAUCAACGCUUGGAAUGACGAGCAAUAUCGACUUCCAAUUUACGAACCGGGGCUGGUGGAAGUCGUCCGUUCUUGCCGAGGAAAGAAUCUCUUCUUUUCGACCGAUGUCGAUAAAGGUAUUCAGGAGGCCGAUCUCAUUUUUGUCAGUGUCAACACGCCAACAAAGAAGAGUGGUGUAGGCGCAGGAUUUGCUGCAGAUCUCAACUACGUCGAACUAGCCACGCGCCGGAUCGCUGCAGUCGCGACUUCCAACAAGAUCGUCGUUGAGAAAUCCACUGUACCUUGUCGUACUGCCGAAUCUAUGCGCACAAUUCUCGAAGCUAACGCAAAGCCCAACUGCCGGUUUGACAUUCUCUCCAACCCCGAAUUCUUGGCUGAAGGAACAGCGAUCAAGGACCUUCACAACCCGGACCGUGUCCUCAUCGGUUCUCUGCAAACUCCGGAAGGCCUCGCCGCUUGCCAGUCUCUAUCGGACGUGUACGCGCACUGGGUUUCACGCGAUCAAAUCCUCACAGUAGGCUUAUGGUCCUCGGAACUUUCCAAGCUCGCUGCGAAUGCAAUGCUCGCCCAACGGAUCUCUUCCAUCAACGCCCUUUCUGCCAUCUGUGAAGCAACCGGAGCGAACAUUGACGAGGUCGCUAAUGCCGUUGGAUAUGAUUCUCGUAUCGGUCCGAAGUUCCUCAAAGCUAGUGUCGGUUUCGGCGGGUCCUGCUUCCAAAAAGAUAUCCUCAACCUGGUGUAUCUCAGCGAAAGCCUGCAUCUGCCAGAAGUUGCAGCGUACUGGAGGCAGGUAGUCGAGAUGAAUGAGCAUCAAAAGUCUCGGUUUGCCAAAAGGGUCGUUGAUUCGCUCUUCAACACCAUCACAAACAAGCGCAUCACUGUUCUCGGCUUCGCUUUUAAAGCAGAUACCGGGGAUACUCGAGAAUCUGCCGCCAUCUCCCUCAUUCGUGAUUUUUUGAAAGAGAAGGCUAAUGUUAACCUCUACGACCCUCAAGUAGAGGAGCAUCAGAUUUGGCAGGAUCUUGCAGAAGCAAGUCCUAAUCUAUCGCUCGAAACUAUCAAAAAGCAAGUCAACAUUUGUUCUUCCUCUUUAGAGGCAUGUAAGGAUGCCGAAGCCAUUGUCAUUGCUACGGAGUGGAAAGAAUUCAAAGAGAUUGAUUGGGAGACGGUAUACCAAGGAAUGAACAAACCGGCUUUCGUGUUCGAUGGCCGACUGCUUGUCGAUGAGGACAAACUGACAAAAAUUGGUUUCAAGGUCGUUACUAUUGGCCGUGGCAGUCUCUGAAUGAACCAUUUGGGAUACCAUAUGUGUAAAGAAUCUCACUUGUUUCUGGUUGUUGUUGCCGUAUAAAUUAGAACACAGAUAAUCGGCCUUGCGUAUCACUUGCUACAUAGGAUAGAAUUAGGAUAUAUAAAAUAGAAGUGUGAUGUGGCAGUGCUA